GCACCUCCCUCUUCCUGAGUGGACUUUCUACUUGCGUCGUGGAGAGUCUGCUGACGGAGUUUUUGGACCGGGACCUUUGCUCCACGCAGCCCCAGUCGGACUUUGAACCCGUUAGUCGGUGAAAGUGAAAAGAGAGUUGUUUUAUCGAAGCGCUCGCUCGCACUUUUUCCGUUUGACGCUCCCCACUCGCAAGAAGCAGCAGCAUCCCACAGGGUAAGCUCUUCGAGUCUUUUCCACGGGUAUCGAGCAACAGGUUGAGCCUCGGUUUAGAGAAUUAACCGACCAUGCCGAGUAAAAACCAGUACCUGCGGCCCCGGCUCUGCACGCUGGAUAAAGGCGACAACGGCUACGGCUUCCACCUCCACGGGGAAAAGGGGAAAACCGGGCAGUUCAUCCGGCUAGUGGAGCCCGACAGCCCGGCUGAAUCCUCGGGGCUCCGCGCCGGCGACCGCUUGGUAUUCGUCAAUGGGGACGACGUGGAGAACGAGAGCCACCAGCAAGUCGUGAGCCGGAUCAGAGCCACUUCGGGACGGCUGGAGCUGAUCGUGGUGGACCCGGACACGGAGCAGCUGCUGAAGAAACACAACAUCAAGUGUCUGAAGGAGUACGUCAACGACGGGAUCCCGUUACCUUUCGAAGAGGAAGAGGAGAAGGACAGAGAAGAGAAGGAGGAGGAAGAGGUCAAGGGGACAGAAAAUGGAGAUGAACGGCGAUCCGAAGAAGUCGAGGCGGAGGAGGAGCGAGGUGGGGGGUCCAGGGGAAGCACACCCGUACCGGACAGUAACGGGGAGAUUCACGCGGACGUCGAAAGGAAGCUGAGCGUCAAUUCAGACAAGGAGGUGAUCCCUGAGCUACGACCACGUCUCUGUGUGAUCCGGCGAGAGGCAAACGGAUAUGGCUUCAACUUGCACAGUGAGCGGGCGCGGCCUGGCCAGUACAUCAGAGCUGUGGAUGAAAACUCUCCUGCAGAGAGGGCAGGCCUACAGCCCAAAGACAGGAUAGUACAGGUGAACGGUGUACCCGUGGAGGGCAAAACACACUCGGAGGUGGUGGCGACCAUUAAAGCCGGCGGAGACGAGGCCCGCCUGCUCGUGGUGGACCCUGCCACUGACGAUUUCUUCAAAAGAUGUCGAGUGGUCCCCACCUCGGACCAUCUGACGGGUCCACUACCGGAGCCUGGUGUCAAUGGAGGUAUGGAGGAGAAGGUGAACGGCAGAGGAGGUGAAAGGGACUCCAAGAUGUCAGUCAGCCCUUCUCCAUCCAACGCCUCAUCCAAUGCCUCACUCACAAGUCCGACCACAAGCACCCCACCUGAGGGUACGGGGACGGAGGGCUUCCCAGCUCUGAACAUGAGUCUGCAGCAGGUGAAAGAGCUGGCCCAUCAGAAACGCUCCAACAAGAGAGCCCCGGCCAUGGACUGGACCAAGAAAAACGAACUAUUCAGCAACCUAUAGGGCCUUCAGCUCACCUGACCAACAACAACUACAACAACAGCAGCAUUUUUGUGUUGCAGAGAUUCUCGCAAUGAUCAGAAAGACCCUUUUUGAAAGAGAAAUGCUGUUAUAUACUUCUCUUCCUUAUUACACAUGACACGAUAUUUCACGCAUGAUCUAAUUGUAAUGUACUACUAACCAUGAACGACAACUGAAAUCUGUUGAAUGUGUGCGUGCGUGCGCGUUUGUGUGUGUGCCUGCUGCUAUACUCGCUCACCUGACAAUCAGCUUAUCCUCUAUUGUUUAGUUCAUGAGAUAAUCUGUCUUACUCGAUCAAAAGUCUAAACAUUUAUUUCUAUAUUUUUGUUAACAAUCAUUUAUGUAGAUAUUUGCAUCUAAUAACAGCACACCUGAACACGUUAUCGCAAUUUUAUGUUAUAAGAAAGUUAAAUAGGGUUGAUUUCAUUACAGUCUUUCAUGAAUGGGGUUUUAAAUGGUUAAGAAUACAUGCUACAAUAGCUUUAAACAGGGAUGAUUUUAAAAAGGGGCUUCUCUUAUAAUGUAUGUAUAUAUCACAUAUCAUGUAUAUUUUUAUGUUUUUGAUAGAAUCAACCACAAAAUGAAAGUGGGAUGUGCUAAAGCUUAUGUUUUAGUCUGUGAUGGACAUGACUCAACUUAGACUAGAUAAGUUUAAACAUGUCUUUUUGCUUAUUUAAAAUACCUUACUUUGUGAAAAUUGAUUUUUAGUUAUUUGUAGUUCGUACAAAAUCGUCUAAGUCUUAAAAAAAAAGGUUUGCGCUUUUCAAGAAUGCGCGCUUUUGUCAAGUAUUGCGAUCAUUUUCCAAAUGAAUGAUGGACUUGUGUAAAGUUGUUGUACAAGCUAGCCCGUGUAAGCAGUGAGUGAAGAGUCUCUAUUGUAAUAAAGCAUUAUCUUAUGAACUUGGUGUUUAUUCAACAUAGUUAAAUAUAUCAAAAUAUUUGCUGGUUUGUUGAGUAUUUUGCUCUUGGACCCCCUAUACAGUUAAAUGAGUACCGUUAUUAAAUCUAGUUAACUAAAACCUGCUCAAAGUGAGACAACUAAACCUAAAAAUAUAUAUAUAUAAAUAUAUAUAUACACAUAUAUAUAUAUAUCUAAACCUAUUUAUUAGUAGUAGUAGUACAUAUCUGCAUUACAUCCUUUUUAUGUUCAAGAAAAAAGGCGAUCAACUUAAAAAAAAAAAAAAAAAAGUAUAGUAUACAAUGUUGGCCAAAAGU